AACUGCUUUCGAUUGUUGGCGGGCGCCGCCAUCUUGGUCAGUGAGCUUGCGAGUGGCUGUGCGAGGAGGUGUACGUAUUUCGGUGAAACAAGCAAUUCGUGAGAUUUCCCUGAAAGCCCUUGUCUACUCGUGAAAUCCACACGCAUCCAAGAUGUCGGAACGGGAGGACAACGUUUACAAGGCGAAACUAGCCGAACAAGCCGAACGCUAUGACGAAAUGGUGGAAGCGAUGAAGAAGGUGGCCUCGCUGGACGUAGAACUCACCGUCGAGGAAAGGAAUCUACUAUCUGUCGCGUAUAAAAAUGUGAUCGGUGCGAGGAGGGCAUCAUGGAGAAUAAUAUCGAGUAUCGAACAGAAGGAAGAGAACAAAGGUGCCGAGGGUAAGCUGGAGAUGAUCCGUCAGUACCGAUCUCAAGUGGAGAAAGAGCUCAGGGAUAUCUGUGCUGAUAUACUGGGUGUCUUGGACAAACACUUGAUACCUUGCGCUUCGACCGGAGAGUCGAAAGUAUUUUAUUACAAAAUGAAGGGAGAUUAUCAUCGUUACCUGGCCGAAUUCGCAAUUGGCAACGACAGGAAGGAGGCUGCGGAGAAUUCUCUAGUAGCGUACAAAGCAGCAAGCGAUAUUGCUAUGACCGAGCUACCACCGACUCAUCCUAUCCGUUUGGGACUAGCUCUUAAUUUCUCCGUCUUCUAUUAUGAGAUUUUGAACAGUCCUGAUAGGGCGUGUCGCUUAGCGAAGGCUGCCUUCGAUGACGCCAUUGCAGAAUUAGAUACUCUCUCCGAGGAGAGCUACAAAGAUUCCACCCUAAUUAUGCAGCUCCUUAGGGACAACCUCACGCUUUGGACGUCGGAUAUGCAAGGAGAUGGCGAAGGAGAGCAAAAGGAGCAGCUGCAGGACGUGGAAGAUCAGGACGUAUCGUAACUCUAGCCUUAGUGAGUGAUGUCUUGCGCAUAUAAAACUGAGACAUAUGAAAAAAAAGCAAAAACUCUUAAUAACUCGUAAGCAAAAGAAAACAAUUCAAGCAGGUGACAGUUUGAAGUGGGAAGGGGAGAUCUUUAGCGAUCGCGUGACCUUAAGCACGCGCAACGUAUGGUUACUCAAAAAGAAAAUGAAAAACAAAAAAUCGGUAUCAUUCGAUCCACACACGUAAACACACACGGACUCUCACGUACAUACAUACGUACAUAAAUAUAUACAUAUACACACAGACGCGCGUACAUACAUCGAGUUACGGUGCACAUCAGAAUUGUUGAAGCUAAAAAAAAAAUAGAGAGAGAAAAGACCAGGCACCUUUGGGUUAUACCACCGAGACUGGAAAGCAAAAAAAAAAAACAGAGAAGGAGAGAAAGGAAGAAGGGAAAGCAUAGGUGGGUGUGAUUGCACGUGCGUGGGCGUGUGUAUGUAUGUUUGUAUGUAUGUACGUAUGUAUGUAUGCAUGCAUGCAUGUGAGAAAGAAAGAAAGAAAGAAGAAAGAAAGAAGGAAAGAGGGAGAGGAAGAGAAAUAUCGAGAAAAGUAUACGGUUUUUUAUGAGAUCCGUACACGAUCAAAAUUAGCGUGAUUUGCAAACGUCGUUAAUAAUAAGCGCGUUUUCGGCAAUAGAUUGAGUAAAUAUAAUUCACAAUUAAUUAAAGGUGAUAAUGUUCAAAUGAAAGUGCGUGCGCGUGUUGUUGUUGGUCCUGUACGGUCGUAAUAUGUACGGCUCGUUCUAGCAGUAUUCACACAGAGAGACAGACGAGCAAGCGCCUCAGGAGAAGAGGAAGAUAACGAAGAAAAUGAAGAGAGGAAGAUGAUGAUGAUGAUGAUGAUGAUGAUGAUGAUGAUGAAGAAGAAGAAAAAGAAGAGGAAGAAAAAGAUAAAGAUGGAAAAGAUCGUGUCCCCACUUCCAUUGUGUAUACCGUACGCAUUUUACAAUAGAAAAACCAACAAACGUCGAUCGAGCCUACGGUGUGUUCGAUUGUUCGUUCGUUCAUUCGUAUUACCCGGCCCUAAUCUCCUCCUCGUCCUUCUUCCCUGCUUUUUUACUGCGCGCAUGAUCGUCUCGCAUGCCACGAUAAUAAAACGGUGUUACAACGUUUAUACGCGUAAAUCGAGCGUUAAAACGAUCAGUAUAUAUAUACGUAUAUACAUAUAUGUAUAUAUAUACGUAUAUGUAUGUAUACAUAUAUGUGUGUACGUGCGUCUGUAUACAUAUAUAUGUAUAUGUAUAUACGAAGAAUACUAACACACAGGAACCUUUCUCCUGAAGAAAGCAAGCAAGCAAGCGCGAGAGAGAAAGAGAGAGAUCAAUCGCGUCGUUCCUCCGUGAAACCGACGACGACGUCGACAACAAUAAGAGGAAGGAGAAAGAGAAAAGAAAAAAAUAACAAAAUAAUAAUAAUAAUAAUAAUAAUAAUAACAAUAAUAAUAAUAAUAAUAAUAAUAAUAAAAAACGAGACCAAGAGUCAACGCAUUCCGCGAAUAGAAAUUGAUUUACCGAAGCUUAUGAUUCCUUUUUUUCAUCGCCGUCGAAAAGAAGAGCGCGCGUUUGUUAAAAGAAAGAAUAGGAAAAUCAUGGGAAAAAAGAAGUAAGAAAGGAAGAAGAGAAAAUAAAUAGGAUAAUCGUCAUCAACAGCAACAACAACAACAACAACAACGUAGCCCCUCCCAAGAGUGAAUAAAUAAAUAAAAUAGUCGAUGCAAUAAACACGCCCAUUCAACCUGAAUAAUGGCUUCUUUCUCGAGAGCAAACUUUGCUAUCUAAUAAUAAAAUAUUAUAAAUAAUAAUCUGCGAAAGAAAUGAAGUAUUAUUAUAUCGAAUUUUAAUAUCAGACUUUUCAUUGUAACUGCCUUUUACGCUUCUCCGAGACAGAAAAGACGGGAAAGAGAAGGGAAAGAGAGGAGAUGCUCGUGUAUUUGGGUCAAGGAGAAGUGUCGGAAAAGAAAAUAAAAAAGAAAGGGGGGAAGAAAAAAGAAAGAAAGAAUGGAAAAAAAAAAGUAAACGAAACAGAAAAUUAUCGCGUUCUGCUGUAGAGGAGACCUCCCCUAUUUAGCGUUACGUUUCACAGCAAAGAAGUAGCUGUUUAGCUAGUUUGUAAUGUGGUUGUACAUUUUCAUACGCCCUUUGUGUAAACUAUUAUCGAUUGCUGUGGUAUAUAAAUAAUAACAGAAUAAACGACUCUGUACCCUA